AUGUAAUAAGAUAACAUAUAAGACAAAGAUCAGAAUACAAACACUGAAGAUAAAAAAUAAGUUGAGAAACUAGAGAGUAAUAUGGAAGAAAUGAUGAAUCAUAUUCUUGAUAAACUGAAUUUUGAAGAUAAAACCUAAGCUUAGAAAUAAAUGGAAUAGAUAAUAUCAGAUUUGUAAUCCCUCUUGUUAGAAGAUAUGAUGAAAAAUGAAACACAAAUUUUAGAAUUUGAUGAAGCUGCUAAUGAUAUAGAGUAAGACUAAACAAAAUUAGACUUAUAUCAAUAGGAAAUUUAAAAACUUAAACAGAAGUUUGAUGAACUUUGGAUCAAUAUCACAAAAGAAAAUGAAUAAAAAUUAAAGAAUGAGUUCAAGACACUCUGUGAAAAUAAAUUUCAAAAAAUUUGUAAAAAAUUUGAAAAAUUUAAUGUAUAAUUAAAUCAGCAAGAGCAAUAGGAGAAAAUAUAAAAAUUUUUAAAUAGCUUAAAUAUGAAGGAUCCUAAAGAAGAUGAUUCAAUUUAAUUUUUUGAUACACUAUUUGAUUAUUUGAAUUAAAUUAACUGUUUUGAAUUAAUACUGAAUGAUGAGUAGAAAAAUGAGUAGAAAGGUGGAUAGAAAGAUGAGUAAAAAGAUGAGCAGAAAAGUGAAUAGAAAAAUGAGUAAAAAGUUGAGGAAAAAAUUGAGCAGAAAGAUGUGUAGAAAAAUGAGUAAAAAAUUGAGUAGAAAGAUGAGAAAAAAAAUGAAUAAAAGGAUGAGUCAAAAGAUGAGAAGAAAGAUCAGUAGAAAGAUGAUUAAAAAGAGGGAUUUAUCUUUGAGAAGAAUUUCAAUAAAGAAUUUAAAAAAAAAAUAGAAAGUUGUUUGAAAAUUUAGUAGAUUUUACCUAUUAUUUAAUUUUAUAAUUACGAAAUAGAAUUAAAAUGGAUAGCAAAUACAGAUUUGGAAAAUUACUUGAAAACAACUGCAGCUGAUGAUUUGCAGAACUUUUGUAAGACAUCCAGGAAAAAAGAACCUAUUUUAUAAUUUUUAGAAUACUUUAAUAUUUUUGGUUAUUAUUUUGAUAACAAUAAGUUGGAGGAAUUAAAAGAUUUGGUUCUAGUGAAAAAAGAGAAAAAUCUAUAUGAUUAUUGUUAAUACAAGGAGAUUUCUAUAAGAAAUGAAAAUUUAAAUAUUGCUAGUGAAUUUAGUAAUUUAAUCUGUUAAAGCAAAGAUCUUAAAACAGAAAUAAUCAAAGCAUUCAAUUAUGAAUAGACUCUGGUUGAAUUUAAUGAAAAAAAGUAAAUAAUUAUAAAUAAAAAAUAAAUCUUGAAUGGAGAUCUCGAAGUUAACAACAAUGAAGAUGAAACAAAUUCACUCAUUUUCAACUUUUUAAUAGAUUGUUAAAAAAAUAAACAAAAUUUGGUUGAAUUUCAGAAAUAAAUCUAAAGUAAAAUCACUUAGUUAAUGAAUGAUUAAAAAUAAUAUCGAUGGAAAAAAAUUUACUCUUAAAUUCAUGAAAUAAUUUUAUUAGAAUAUUCUUCUAAUGAUAAUUAAUUGGAUUUAGGUAUGAUAAAUAUUAUAAUGGAUAGAAUAAAAAUUAAAAUAAGAGAAUAUAAUAUUUGCUUUUCUAAUUAUGGAGUAAUUUUAAGUGAUUAAGGAUAAAAAGUUAUAUAUGAUUUUGUAAUAUUCAUUAUUUGGACAAUUUAAUGUUAUCUAACAUAUUAAUCUAAAUUUAAAAUACAAAAUGAACUACUUUGUAAAAUGGAAAUAGAACAAUUUGAAUAAUUUUCUACAAAAAUAAAAUAAAAUAUAAAUUAACAAUCAAAUUUAAAUGGAAAAGUAAAUGCUAAUAUCAUUAUUAAUACAUUGAUAAAAUAAAAUUAAACUAAUAUUUCCAAAAUUACUAAAGAUGAAUUGGUAAAUUUGAAGAAAGAUCCUAAAAUGACAAAUUCCUAUUUAAUAAAUGAACUUGACAAUAAAUUAUUAAAUUAAAAAGAUGUAUUAUAUAAUGAGAAUAACAUUGCAGAAAUUUUUUAAUAUGUAAACUUUUAAACAAAAUUUAUUGAAGAAUUUGUCAAUCAAAGAGUAAAGGAUCUUAGAAAUUAAUAUACUAAAUCAUCUAUUGAGAAAUUCUAAGAAAAUUUGAGUAAGGAUUUAAAUUAGAUUCUUAAUAAGCUAACAUUGAUUUCUUAAUAAGUUUCCGAAAAUUAAAAUGCUUGUGAGUAUUUUUUAAAAAUGGAUAAUUCAAAUGAUGCUUCAAGUAUUCUAUACUAGAUUAUUAUGAAAUGUUUAGUUGGAUCUUUAGUAAAAUCAGAUUUAGAUAAUAUUAAGGAUUAAUAUAAGAGUGUAUUAGAAAAUGCUAAUGAUCUAAUUAAAAUUGAUAUUUUAUUGUCAUUUCCUAAAAAUCAAAAAAAUUAACCUAUUAUUUGA